AUGGAAGUCGCCUUUUUCGGUUUGAAGAGUCGGUUUGGAUUGCGGUCGUCUUCUUCACCAACUACACCAUUAGGCAUGUUUGGGACCAUCAACGAAUUAGUUGACUCGUCUAUGAAGGCAGUGAAAGUUGUGCACGAAAAAGCUCGUCAUGCUGUACUAUCUCAACAUAACGGAGGUUACCAGAUUCUUCAUUUGCAGGUAGUAGAGUGGUCAAAAGUGAAGGAAUCCUUUUUCUCCAAGGCUGGGGAGUUGCUGGCAGAUUACGCACACAACACCUUAGGGAACGUGAACGAGUUCUCAUCCGUUUUAGAUUCGCUCGAAAGGAACUUGGACUUGUUGAUUGAUAAAUCGUCGGAUAUCAAAACGAAAAUCAAAGCUGCAGAGCGGUCCGGUAAAAGGAAAAGGAAAAGAGAAGUCGAGAAUUGGUUGGCAAAAGUACAAAAUGUCGAAGGUGGGAUUCUUAAUUUGAAGAAUGAAGUGCAGUCGCAAGGGUUUAUUAGCCGGUUCCUAGUUGGAGGAGACGCAAAAAAAUUGAAGGAAAGAUUAGAUGAACUGAUAGAGGAGAGUCGACAUUUUGGCGAACUUGUUGUCGAUGAUCAUGAAAUCCGAGGGGAGCCAUUGUUAACAACAAAGCUAGUAGGUAAAGAAUGUGAGGAAAUUUUGGGAAGAAUUUGGCAACUUUUAGUGAAUGAUAAAGUGCCGAUCAUUGGGAUUUACGGUAUGGGUGGUGUAGGCAAGACCACUCUGACGAAGCACAUCCACAACCGACUAUUAGAAGAACAAAAUCAAGAAUGUCUUUUUUGGGUGACGGUGUCUCAAGAGUUGAGCGUAACAAAGUUGCAGGAUAGAAUAGCCGAUGUUAUAAAGUUGAACCUUUCGGACGAACCCAAUGAAGACAAAAGAGCAUCAAGAUUGAACCGGAAACUAAUAUCAUUAAGAAAGAAGUUUGUCCUCAUAUUAGAUGGUGUGUGGGAAAAUGUCCGUUUGGAUAAAAUGGGCGACCCGCUUCGUGUUGAGGGUUGCCAAUUGAUUAUGACAACCCGUUCGAUAAAAGUUUGUCAUCAAAUGGGUUGCCAAGAAGUUGUUCAAGUGAAAACACUAGACAUGGAUGAAGCAUGGAACUUAUUCGGUGAAGUACUUGGACCACAAACGACAUUAAAUCCGCAAGUGAAAGAAAUUGCAAAGUCUAUGGUGAAAGUGUGCGGCGGUUUGCCACUAGGGAUCGUCACUUUAGCGGCAAGCAUGAGGGGCGAGACCGCCAUUCACGCAUGGAGAGAUGCAAUGGAGGAACUACAAAAUUCACUUAUAGGGGACAAUGAUGACAUGGAUGUUAAGGUAUUCAAAGUUCUGAAAUAUAGUUUUGAUCGAUUUGAUCCAAAUCAUCAAAGGCAAGGGAAAGCUAAUGGCGGGUACACAAAAUUACAACUGUGUUUCCUCUAUUGCGCUUUGUAUCCAGAGGACUACAACAUUCCACGAGAGGAACUAAUUCGAAAAUUCAUUUCGGAGGAGUUGGUAGACAAAAGAAAUAGUGUGAAAGCCCAGUUUGACAAGGGCCAUUCCGUACUCGAUAAGUUAUUGAGCGUGGGCUUACUUGAAAGUACUCGUGUUGUUGAUGAAAGUGAUAGUGUGAAAAUGCAUGAUCUAGUAAGAACCAUGGCCUUAAAAAUUACUCAAGGGAGAAAUAAAGUCAUAGGCGGGCAAUGCAGUUUGAAGGAAAUUCCGAACGAAGAAGUAUGGACGAAGGAUCUUGAAAAGAUGUCGUUGAUGCAUAACGAGAUAGAGGAAAUUCCGUUUGGAUUAUCUCCCGAUUGUCCUAAUCUUUCGACAUUGCUUUUGCAGGGGAACCCGUUGAAGCAUAUAGCGGAUUCAUUUUUUUCAAAAAUGCAUGGGCUACGCACUCUUGAUUUGUCCAACACUAGUAUUGAGGUUUUGCCAGAUUCUUUGUCCGAGUUGGAGAGCCUUAAGGCCUUGAUCCUCGGAAAUUGCGUGCGUCUUGUGUAUGUUCCGUACUUGGGAAAGAUGAAGGAACUGCGGGAAUUAGAUCUUUCGAAUACAUUAAUUAAAGAAGUUCCUAAAGGAAUGGAAGAAUCGGUCAAUCUCAAAUUAUUAUCGAUGAGAGGAGCAAAUUUGUUAGUGAUGUUCCCAACAGGUUUGCUAAUCGAUCUUGUAAAACUUCGACGUCUCUAUCUUCCAUGUCAAGUAGAGAUAUCAAUGGAGGAAGUAAAGAGGUUGAAGUUGCUCGAGGAGUUCGAGUAUCGAGGGUGUUCUUUGCCUUGUGCUUGAUUGUUUAGACUUUAGAGGGUAUUUGAUGGUUUUCAAAGUUUGAUAGUUUUUGUAUUCUCAUAAUUUUCACUUUUUAUGUUGAAAUACAUUGUAUUCAGUGACGAA